CCGAUCGAGCUAGAUCUCCAGGACUCACCUCCCCAACCGUUUGCCUCCGUCUCGCGUGACUUCAUUCCCAGCGGCCGGCGGCGACCUCCACGUGGUGCCAUUCGCCGGCAACGAGCACCCGCCCACCAGGAUCCAGGUUUGUGCUGCGAGAGGGCCUAUCCAUUCACCAUGAUUAAUUUCGUGCUCCUGAUCAGCCGCCAGGGCAAGGUGAGGCUCACCAAGUGGUAUUCUCCUUACACCCAGAAAGAGAGGACCAAGGUCAUUCGCGAACUCAGUGGACUCAUUCUUACACGAGGGCCCAAACUCUGCAAUUUUGUUGAGUGGAGAGGUUACAAGGUCGUAUACCGGAGGUAUGCUAGCCUGUAUUUCUGCAUGUGCAUUGAUGCCGAGGACAAUGAGCUUGAAGUCCUUGAGAUCAUCCAUCAUUUCGUCGAGAUACUGGACCGCUAUUUUGGCAGUGUAUGUGAGUUGGAUUUGAUAUUCAAUUUUCAUAAGGCCUACUACAUACUGGAUGAGAUUCUCAUCGCUGGUGAACUUCAAGAAUCUAGCAAGAAGAAUGUUGCAAGACUUAUUGCUGCACAGGAUUCAUUGGUCGAGGCUGCUAAAGAGGAAGCCAGCUCCAUAAGUAACAUCAUUGCUCAGGCUACAAAAUGAAGUUCUUCAUGCCUGCCCCCCCUUCCCUCUAUCUUGUUAUUGUUGUAAAAGCAACUGUAAUGCACUGGACUGUGAGUCCAUUUGCUCUGCUCAUGUUUAUGGAUUUCAAGACUCCAGGUUAUUUAGAAUGAGCGUGAUGUGUAAACUACAUUGCAUGUGUUCCCGUUGCAAGUAAAAUCAUGACCUCGUUGAUUGUC